UACAGAGUACAAAGAGCUUUUGUUUCCAUCAGUAAUGUAUGGGCCCCUCCGAGCGGAGCCCAUCAAAGAAGCGGUCGCGAAGUACUUCAAUUGGGUCAUGUUAUCCCACAGGUGGGAAACCAAGGAGCCGCUGGACCAGGGGUCCCAAGGGCAGGAGCUACGCACCAAGGGUCCUAUCGGCCCUUUCCACAGCUUAGUCAGCAUGUAGACUAGGUUUCACCAUGUUCUUAGCUAGCAUCCAUCAUCAUCUCAGCUUGUCU